AGAAGCCGCUCCAACAACAGUCUGUCCGCCAUUUGCUCUGCGCUGCCCUACGUUGGUUUUUCUUAUUAUUUGCUUCGUGAAUUCAGAUCCGAUCGUUUCACCUGCACGUCACCUGAGCACGACGCGCGGACACGUGACCGCGGCGGUGAUGGCGGCCGACCGGCGCGAGGACAAAGAUGGAGAGCUGAACGUUCUGGAGGACCUUCUGACCGAGGCUCCAGAUCAAGACGACGAGUUGUACAAUCCAGAGAGUGAGAGAGACGUCAGUGACAAGAAAGGAACAAAGAGGAAAAGUGAUCGCUCUGACAGCCAUGACCUGAAGAGGCUCCGCCCCUCGUCAGGCCAUGCUCCCUCCAGAUCAUCCUCCACUAAGCAGAGAGCCCCAGGCCCGCCCCUUUCCUCCUCCAAGAAGACGCCAUCCAGCCCCCGGGGGCGACACGCCGCCGGCACCGGCUACCGAAACGAAUACUACGAGGAGCGGAAGAGUCGGCGAGUCUCCCGCGAGGCGACGAGGAGCCGAGGAGCAGAGGACGCUCGCCGCAGAGAAGCCCAAAGAGGCCUGGAGGGUCUGAGCCAGAAGCUGCGGCGUGAAGAGCGGCCUCCGAGCCCGACGCCCCACGUGGUGAUCACCCAAUCAGAGGAGGACGUGGUAGAAGAGUAUGGCUCAGAGCAGGGAUCGGGAAGCUCCUCCCCUGCCGGCUCCCACGUAGAGGAGGAGGAAGACGAGGAGCAGGAGGAAGACGAAGAGGAGGAGGGCAUGGAGGAAGAGGAGGAUGAGGAAGAAGGAGAGAAGGAGGAGGAGGAAGAAGAAGAGGAGUACGAGAGACGUGGCGGUGGCGAGGGUAACGACUACGACACUCGGAGCGAGGCCGGUGACUCGCGCUCCGCCUCCUCUGUUAGUUUCUCUGACGACGGCGAGUCGGCUCGUUCAGGCUCCGCCUCAGACGCCUCAGAUUCGGAGAAGAAGCAGGACAAGUUGUCUUCGUCGGUCCGGGCUGUUCGCAAAGGGAUGGAGAAUCCGACCAGUAAAUUACGCUACAUCCUGCGAGACGCUCGCUUCUUCCUCAUCAAGAGCAACAACCACGAAAACGUGUCGUUGGCUAAAGCUAAGGGCGUGUGGUCGACGCUGCCGGUGAACGAGAAGAAGUUGAACGCCGCGUUCCGCGCCGCUCGCAGCGUCGUCCUCGUCUUCUCCGUGAGGGAAAGUGGAAAAUUCCAAGGUUUCGCUCGUUUGGCGUCGGAGUCUCAUCAUGGCGGAUCUCCGAUCCACUGGGUUCUUCCUGCCGGUAUGAACGCCAAGAUGCUGGGCGGAGUCUUCAAGAUCGACUGGCUCUGCAGGAGAGAACUUCCCUUCACGAAGACGUCUCAUCUGUCGAACCCCUGGAACGAACACAAGCCUGUGAAGAUUGGACGUGACGGACAGGAGAUUCAACCGGAGAUCGGUGCUCAGCUCUGUGCCCUGUUCCCAUUGGACGAGAGUGUGGACGUUCACCUGGUAGCUCGUCAAGUUCGUCACAAACGUAGGACGCCAUCAGAGCCGCGGCCUCGAGGCCGGCCACCGCAACGUGAACCGGGAAGGCGUCGACCUGAAGAGUUCGACCUCCACGGCAGGAAGAGGCCGCGAGCCGAAGGUCCACCUGACUUCAACCAGCGCGCAGGGUUCCUCCAGGACCUUCGUAAUCAGCAGGUGGACAGACGUUUCUCCAGCGUAAGGCGAGAUGUUUUUCUCAAUGGGUCGUACGACUACAUGAGAGAUUAUCACCACAGCGUGGGACCCCCCGCCCCCUGGCAGACGCUGGCGGCGUACCCCAGUGUCGAGCAGCCACCGCCCCAUCACCCCCCCUACUACCACCACGGCCACCCCCCUCCACCCCCUCACCAGGCCUAUCACCACCAUCACCCACCACUGCCGCCACACGAGGCUCCACCCCCCCGCUUCAGAGAUAAGCAGAGGGCGCCGCAGCACCGUGCCUUCGCCUCCAGCCCGCAUGACUAUGACAUGCGUGUGGACGACUUCCUGCGGCGGACACAGGCGGUGGUGAGCGGCCGGCGGGAGCGAGAGCGGCAGCGAGAGCGAGAGCGUGGAGGACCUCGGCGUGAGAGAGAGAGAGAGCGAGGAAGGGACAGAGACAGAGAGAGAGAGAGGGACAAAGAGAGAGGGCGCUACCGCAGGUGAUCUGAUGAAGUCACAUCGUGUCUGAGUGGAGGUUUAUUUUGGCGGUCUACAGUUGUCUUUGCUGGUUUCCUGUCUCUGUUAAAUCUUGAAGAAAAAAGGAGCGAUGGGAUGACAUCACUUUUUACGUGAAUAAACUUUAAAAAUGUAAAAAAUUAGAACCAGAUUCUGAUGAUAAAGUGAGAAACACCUGUCAUAUGACUUCCGGCUUCGAACGUUUAAAACACGGAAAAAGCAAGCGUCAGUAUUUUAGUUGCAAGGUUUCAACAGGAGGCCGGAGGCCCUCAGGCAGGUCAAUGUUUUUUAAUCUUUCUCUUGUCACUGCUUGUUUUAUUGUGAAAGGUUGGACAGUACUUCCUGUAAGUUUGACCUCACAUUUUUUCUCCAAUAUUCGUUUGUUAAAUCAACUCUGUUUUUUUUAUUUAUUUUUGUUUUCAGGGUUUUAUUUAAGCAACAGCUCUUUUUUUUUAAGUUAACAUUUUCAUCUUGUAAUCGCCUCCGACUGGAGAAGAAGCUCCGCUGCUUUGUGAGGUUGAAUUGAUCUGAUUUCAGUCUCUAUUGUAACAUUUGAAGGUUAAAACUUUAUUUCCUGUUUGUGUACGGAGGGGGCGGAGCCUAUGCUUGAUUUUGUAUAAAAUAAAAACCUGAAAUCGA